AUGUAUCGCAGCAUGAAGAGCCUGGCCCUCUUGGGUCUCCUAGGCCCGACCUCCCAGGUCUUUGCCCACCCUGCCACUGGCCACGCCCACAACAUUGGCCGUCGCGGUGUCGAUAUUGAGGCUUUCCGUCUCCCUCAGGUUGGAUCCUACACCAACGCCACGGAGAUAGAGACCACCCCGCCCAUUGCGCUUCUGAAGCGGGAGAGCUACGUCGAAACGGCCACGGAGCUUGUCAAGAAGCUCGCCCCCAAUUCCGAGUUCCGUCUUGUGGGUGACCACUACGUCGGCACCAACGGCAUUGGUCAUGUCAACUUCAAGCAGACUGUUCACGGGCUUGACAUCGACAACGGCGACUUCAACGUCAACAUCGGUAAGGAUGGAAAGGUCUUCUCGUACGGCAACAACUUUUUCAAGGGAGAGGCCCCUGAGGCUAGCCCCUUGAAGAAGCGAGACUUCAAGGACCCCGUUUCCGCCCUCAAGGGUGCCAAGGAUGUCCUCCAGCUCCCCGUGGAGGCUGCUUCCGCUUCCGCUGAGCCCAAGGAGGGCACGGAAGUCUACUCUAUCAAGGGGACUUCUGGUACUGUCUCUGACCCCGAGGCUAGGCUUGUCUACUUCGUCAAGGCCGAUGGCUCUCUCGCCCUCUCGUGGCGUGUCGAGACAGACAUCACCGAGAACUGGCUGCUGACUUACGUCGAUGCUGAGACUGGAACUGACGUCCACGGUGUUGUCGACUAUGUUUCCGACCUGGCCAACUACCGUGUCUACCCCUGGGGUGUUAACGACCCCACCGAGGGCGACCGUGUUUUGGUUACCGACCCCUGGGAUAUCUCUGCUUCUCCCUUGACCUGGCAGAGCGACGGUACCACCAACUACACCACCACCCGCGGCAACAACGGUAUCGCCCAGUCUAACCCCAGCGGCGGCACUGCGUAUCUCAACAACUAUCGCCCUACCAGUGCAGCUCGCAACUUCGACUACCAGUACACCACCAGCUUGACCACUCCAUCUUCUUACAUCGAUGCCUCCAUCGCCCAGCUCUACUACACCGCCAACCACUACCACGACCUUCUGUACACUCUCGGUUUCACCGAGUCGGCCGGUAACUUCCAGAUCAACAACAACGGCAAGGGCGGCGUUGGUAACGACUUUGUCGUUCUCUUUGCCCAGGAUGGCUCCGGAACCAACAACGCCAACUUCCUCACACCCCCUGAUGGCUCCAACGGCCGUAUGCGCAUGUAUCUCUGGACCAUGUCGACACCUCGCCGCGACUGCAGCUUCGAGGCCGGUGUCGUCAUCCACGAGUACACCCACGGUCUGUCCACCCGUCUGACCGGCGGCCCUGCCAACUCCAACUGCCUCAACGCCCUCGAGUCUGGCGGUAUGGGUGAGGGCUGGGGUGACUUCUUCGCCACGGCCAUCCGUCUCAAGCCGACAGACACUCGCGCAACUGACUACUCUAUGGGUGCUUGGGUUUACAACAACCCUGCUGGUAUCCGCUCUGUUCUCUACUCUACCUCCAUGACCACCACUCCCAACACCUACUCCACCAUCAACGGCGUCAGCAGCGUUCACCGCAUUGGUGAAACCUGGGCUACUACCCUCUAUGAGGUUCUCUGGAACCUCAUCGACAAGCAUGGCAAGAACGACGGUCCCCGCCCUGAGUUUGACAGCAACGGAGUCCCCACCGAUGGAAAGUACCUGACUCUCAAGCUCGUCCUUGAUGGCAUGGCUCUGCAGCCCUGCUCUCCCAACUUUAUCCAGGCUCGUGAUGCUAUCCUAGAUGCCGACAAGGCUCUUACUGGAGGUGACAACCUGUGCGAGCUUUGGACUGCCUUUGCCAAGCGAGGUCUUGGAUCAAAUGCCGUCUACAGCUCUUCCAACCGCCGUGACGGCUUCAACGUCCCCGCUGGUGUUUGCUAG